AUGGCACCAACUAAUGACGGGCCACCCUUGCCGAAUGGCAAGGUCCAUGGACAACUUGAAGGAAGACUUGCAAAAGUCCUGGUUCCAAGUCACCUAUGCCGAAUGGUAACCAACGUCCUAGCGCAUCCACAAAGACUUACAAAGAGGCAUCCACAAAGAUACUUACCUCCAGAAAGGCCCAAUCCCUCUUACCAAAGCCCUAGUGCUCCACAAAUCACCUUGCCGAAGAUCUGCCAAAAGCCAAAACAACGAAAUUUAGCAUCAUACCGAAUCUGA